CUUCGAAGAGAGAGCGAGCGAAAGUGUUUCUUUUACUGUCUAUGGAGGAAGUUGAUUCCACCUGGAUCAACUUGACGUGACUUGUCAACGUUCGGAGAGAACCGAGUCAGACCACAAAAUGAGGCGGAAAGAGAAGAGAUUGCUGCAGUUUGCUGGUUUGCUUAUUGCAGCCCUUCUUUUCUUGCCUAACGUUGGGUUAUGGUCUUUAUAUCGAGACCGAAUGUUUGAAAACUCGCCCGAAAUAGUUGAAGGACCGGGCGACAUCUCCCAUAUGCAGCAGGCGGUGCGGCGGGACGGACUGCGGAGGAUAGACUGGCAUGACUACGAGGCCAUCAGAAGGGACGCAGCACGCACAGGUAAUGGAGAACAGGGUAAACCAUUUCCCCUGACGGACGCAGAUCGUGUGGAUCUGGCGUACCGAGAGAACGGCUUCAAUAUUUACGUCAGCGACAGAAUAUCACUCAACAGAUCGGUACCUGACAUCCGGCAUCCAAACUGUAAGACUAAACUGUACUCUGAGAAGCUCCCCAACACCAGUGUUGUGAUCCCCUUCCAUAACGAGGGAUGGUCAUCGCUGCUCAGGACUGUCCAUAGCAUUCUCAACCGGUCACCUCCACAGCUCAUCGCAGAGAUCAUUCUGGUGGACGACUUCAGCGAUAAAGAGCAUCUGAAGUCUUCUCUGGAGGACUACAUGGCUCGGCUGCCAAAGGUCCGCAUCCUGCGCACCAAGAAACGGGAAGGACUGAUCCGGACGCGGCUGCUCGGGGCUGCUGCGGCCAAGGGUGAAGUCAUCACCUUCCUGGACUCGCACUGCGAGGCCAACUUGAACUGGUUGCCCCCUCUGCUUGACCGUAUUGCCCAGAACCGCAAGACUAUCGUGUGCCCGAUGAUCGAUGUGAUCGACCACGAUAACUUUGGCUAUGAGACGCAGGCCGGGGACGCCAUGCGUGGGGCGUUUGACUGGGAGAUGUACUACAAGCGCAUCCCCAUCCCCUCAAAGCUGCAGAACAUCGACACCAGCGAGCCCUUUGAAUCCCCUGUGAUGGCUGGUGGUCUGUUUGCUGUGGACAGGAAGUGGUUCUGGGAGCUGGGAGGAUAUGACACGGGACUAGAAAUCUGGGGAGGCGAGCAGUAUGAGAUCUCAUUCAAGGUGUGGAUGUGUGGAGGUCGAAUGGAGGACAUCCCCUGCUCUAGAGUUGGACACAUCUACAGGAAAUAUGUGCCAUACAAGGUCCCCGGAGGUGUCAGUCUAGCCAAGAACCUGAAGCGCGUGGCGGAGGUGUGGAUGGACGAGUAUGCCGAGUACAUCUACCAGCGGCGGCCGGAGUACCGGCACCUCUCCCCCGGGGACACCACGGCCCAGAAGGAGCUGCGCUCACGGCUGCACUGCAAGAACUUCAAGUGGUUCAUGACGGAGGUGGCCUGGGACCUGGCCCUCCACUACCCACCUGUGGAGCCGCCUGCUGCUGCCUGGGGACAGCUGAAGAACGUUGGCUCUGGUUUGUGUAUGGAGACCAAGCACUUUGCCUCUGGCUCACCUGUGCACCUGGAGGUGUGUGGGAAAGGCCACGGAGACUCCGGCUGGACCCAUGGACAGGUGUUCACAUUUGGCUGGCGUGAGGACAUUCGAGUGGGUGACCCGCUGCACACCAAGAAGGUCUGCUUCGACGCCAUCUCCCACAACAGCCCCGUCACACUCUACGACUGCCACGGCAUGAAGGGCAACCAGCUAUGGCGCUACAGGAAGGAUAAGAGUCUGUACCACCCCAUCAGCAACAGCUGCGUAGAGAGCAACACCGCUGAGAAGCGCGUGUUCAUGAACACCUGUGACCCUCUCCAUCCCAGCCAGCAGUGGCAGUUUGAGAAGACCAACUCCUCUGUGCUCGAGCGCUUCAACCUCAACCAGCACUGACCAGAGCUGACCGACCACUGACCAGGACUGACCUGACCUGACCGCCCAGCAGUACAAAGCAGUGUCGAGAAAGUGGACACCACGAUGGCGACGGGGCAGUGAUGGACAGGGCGUGUUUAUUCAAGCUAAGACUUCUGAAAGUACACGCCACCUGCAGGUAAGAUUGGUGAAUAUCGGACACGGUCCAGGCCCGCCUCAUUGGAUCCUCCCAUCUCCUCCGACACGGCCGGCGCUGGCUUUUCCACUCGGGUUUGUCCCGUGUGUGUGUGGCUCUUGGCUUCAUCUCCAUGGAUGUGUCCCUCAACAUGUGGUCCUGCCACUUCCGAACUUCUCUUCGUUUGUCCUCCAUGGCCCCAAGAUCAUCUUUUGAUUUCCUUAUUGUGUUUUCUGCUACUUUGUCCACCCUAGUGUGUGUAUGUAUUGACCACACAGAAGGUGGCCAUUAUGUACAGUGAAUAUCAAGGUUUUUUCUCUUCAUUUUCGCUAACUUUUCCUUUCCUUCCAACAUGCCAACACGUGUGCGAGGUCAUCUUAGUGGCCGGAAAGGGUGUUUGUCCCUUUAUUCACUUCCCUUCUUUCCUUCCUUCCUUCCUUAUUUUCUUCAUUUUCUCUCCAUCCCAACCAACAUGGCGGUCAGCACCACAGAGAUGGGGCAGAGAGUAGUCUAGAACGAUGAGAUGGACAUCAUACUGUGAGCCUUCAUCUCUGUCCCAAUUCCCAAAGGCUCGGGUUUCCCCUAAAUCUGUGUCUGUGAUAAAAGAUGAAUUCAAAUUAAAAAAACACUCUCGGUAUCCCAUUACUCUGAUGUGUAGUGAAAACAAUGCAAGGUUUUAAAUGACUAGUGAGGGAGAAAGAAGCCACCGUGCCUUACAGCUUAUAAACGGCUUCAGCAAGUAUGCUUUCUCAGCAGUGGAGCACACAAGUGGUGUGUGUGUGUGUGUGUGUGUGUGUGCGUGUGUGCGUGUGUGCGUGUGUGCGUGUGUGUGUGUCUUGCUUUAUUGAGUUUAGAAGGUCUACAUGGGUAAGAAACACUGGCUGCAUCUCUUUAUAGAAAACCAAAUUGGUUAUGGAAAGAGAUUGUGGAGCGAUCUUAAAGGUCUUGCAGAGACAUUUGGAGGGGGAAAAUGGAGAUCAGUGUCAAAUUGAUGCAAAUCCUCUAGCUGGUCAUUUUUAAUUCAGCACAUGGAGAAGACCUCAGACAAAAAUAGUUUUAUAGAUUUGUAUCUUUCUUCCCCAGUCGUGCACCUUCAAAAUGUUAAGCUACAGUUCAUAUGGUAAUAUGGUUGUAUAGUAUAAAUAAAUAAAUAAAUAAAUAAAAACAUACUAUACACAGCCUGGCAACAAGGAAUUCACAGAAAGAACUGGUAUAUUUUCAAGAAUUUGAUGGGUUUAUUACAUUAUGCAUUAUAUAAGAAAUAUGCUGUUUUGCAGUGGUCCGACUUUUUUAAAACUCCUGUGUACCACUGGAAUAAUUGUAAAUUAUAUUCAUACAAUAAAUGUUAGAUUUUUUGUGUUUUGAAUUAUGGAUGUGACUUGCUUCCCAUUUCUCCUCCAAAAGUCAUACAAAUUCUUCCAGUUUUAUUAGAGUAAGGACAAUAAUGGCCACUUAAGAUUCAUAAUAAGAUAAUUAAUGAUCUAUUUAUACAAAUAUUGUUUACAAGAUGGCUUUAUAUCACUUUAUUUGAUUCAGAAUGUGGGUUUUUUACAAUAUACCCAGUAGGUUUUUGGAAAGCACAGAUGAGUCUUGUCAAGAUUUUAUUGUAUUAACAUGUCAUUGUUUUCUAUUCUACAUUAUAAUGUAUCAUUUGUAAAUAUUUGAAGACUUUUGACUACAAUAAUUAGAAAACCUUUAGACAUUGCACACCAGGUUGGCCAUUAGAUUUCAUUACAAUUCACACAACCAUAAUCUUUGCAGAAACUGGACGAAAAGAUGUCAUUUGGCAUAGUUGUUUACGCGUCGUGCAUUGUAUCUUUCAUUUCUUCAACCAAUACGGUUUUGCUCAAUUCUGUGAACUGAGGGGUUUUUUUGUACCUUGCAACCAUUUCACUACAUUGUACAACUUAUAAUAUAGUUAUGUUAUACAUUUUUAUUUUAUCAGUGCCUGAUGACGUUCUGAUGAAUUCAUUAUCAUGCUCAUUUUGUUUAGACAUCAUAAAAGACAAAUAGUACAGCGGUCUUCUCAUUCAAUAGAAAACGUUAUGCACUUUGAGUUUACAAGAGGAAAGUAUGAAAUUCAGAAUUAUAAUAGAUACUGUGUUGAACUAGUAUUAGAGUAACUAACCAUUGCAGUACCCAUGUGCAUAAUGGCACCACCAUUGAAGGAAAAUCAUGUUAAUGGCCUCAACUGUCUAAAGUUGUCUAUUAUCUUAAGCAUUUUAUUCAUUUGUAGUCAGAAUAGGAUUUACAUUGUGUGUUUACAACAUUCCACAAACAGAGACCUUUGUGGUCAAAUUGAUUGCCAUGAUUUUAUGUACAAUACACAUAACUUUGAGUACUACAUGAUUGACUAUGGGAGACUCCUAAUUUAUGACUAUAAUAUAUACAUAAAGGUGUGUAACCUUCAUUUUUAUUUUGAAAGAGUGCUACACAUAGGCCAGCAAUAGGACUUCCUCAUUGGCUUGCAUGGAACUGAGAAACAAUGGCAACUUAAGUUCCGGGCAUCUCUUACUGUUUUGUAAUAUCAAACAGUGAUUCUCUGAGGAUGCUGAGCCUAAAGUAGGAUUGGGCACUUUAAACGCUCACCCUGAUAUUUCUCUGAUUAAUCAUUUGUAUAAGACAUCAUUGUCAUGGCGUAUUCAUGGACCUUCUGGAGGAAAUUAUGACAUGUUUUGGGGCUGGAUCUUUGUGCUGGAGUCUGUGCUUGCUUGGAGUGGGAUUGGCUUUGAGGAUGUUUGUUUAUUUGUUUGUUAUUGUUGUGGGGGAUCUUGAAACAGGGUUGCAUCCUUAUGGUAAUGAUUUUGCUAUGAAGGAAUUCUCUCUCUUUUUGUUUGUCUUGGUGCUCUCACUUCAAAUGUGAGAAGUAGGGUAUUUCCUGCUGCAGUUUCAUACAUUUUAAUUGCACAUGUAAAGAAUUUGGAAAUAUAGUGUUUUGAUCAGAGUGAUCAAAAAGUGUAUAUACAUUUUCAUAAUGCACAAGUCAAACCAUGUAGAAUAGUCUGGCAAACCAACUUUUUAUCAUAUAAAAUUGUUUAAUUUUCAAGGGCAUUGUUGACCACUCAGAACAUUGUACUGAUCACUCCAAUUCAAUCAACUCUAGUGAUCUUUUUUUGUAAAAAUAAAAUAAGAAAUAUUUUUAUAAGAAUUGCCUGGUUUCCUCUGAAAAAUAAACUUAAUUUGAUGAGUUCA